AUGUCUCUCCCCAACAACGCAGACGAUCCAGUCGCUCGCCUCGAAGCGGAACUCGCCCAAGAGAAAGCCGCUCAUUGUCGCACAGCAAAGGCGCUCCAGUCUGUCACCUACCUUCACGACAAUCAAGCUGUUACUAUCAGCUCUCAGAUUGGCAUUAUCAGGGCGCAGAUCCAGAGGCACCCUGAGGAUAUCGACAUUAUCCAGAAAGAGGCCAAGGAGGCAGAGGAUGAGCGUCAGCGUAAGAAAGCUGAGGCGGUUUCGAAAGGAGUCAGAAUGUAG